AUGAGGGGAUGCCUCACCUGUCGUCUGCGCCAUCUGAAAUGUGACAAAACAGGAGCAAUAUGUCUGCGCUGUCAACGAUCGGGUCGUGAAUGUGUUCCAGCGCCAGGCAAGUCGGAGGAAGUGUCAUUUCGCCAUGGCCAGAAUCCUUCGUUGCGAGGGAAAGGUCCCCCGAGGUACGGGGAGAGCGACUUGACCUUCCCUCAGAAUCAGGUUUGGGUCGACACCUGCUCCGAGUACUCAUUCAAAGAUGAGACAGACCAAACGGCCUCCGAGUACUAUGUCGUGCCAGUCAGCGGCAUCCAAGUGGGCUCCCGCUCAUCAUCCGAAGCCCGAUCCACCCCAUCGUCCAUGAUGGACCAGGUGCCGGGCAAUUCGGCCAUUCCACCGUAUGUGGAUUUGCAGGGCUCGCGCUCGGCUUCGGAUGACUCGUCUUCAGUGGCAACCCCGGUCGGGAAGCCCAGACUGGGCGAUAUCAAUGAAGCCUAUCUCCUGCGCCAUUUCCAGCGCCAUCUAGCAGACUGGCUCGAUGCCGGCGAUCCCGAACGCCGCUUCGCUGCACAGGUCGCAAGACGUGCAAGCCAAUCCCCGCUCUUGCUCUACGCCUGUCUGGCCGUAGCAGCAUGCCACCUCUCCCGCACCACGCAAGCCGUGUCUCCCGAGGUCGCAGACAGCUACCACGAGCGCUGCGUCUCCAUCAUGCUGCCUGCCCUCGAAAACCCUGAAUUCGACAUUGGCAUCGACAUCCUUCUCAGCUCCACCGUUGUCCUCCGCUUCUUCGAGCAACUCUCCUCUCACACUCCCUCCAACGACCCCCAACGGCAUCUCCUCGCCGGCUCCGUUUAUAUUAGCGCGCACGUGGACUGCGCUAUCUCAGGCGGCCUUGCCUCCGCGUCCUUCUGGGUCUUCGUCAUCCAAGAUAUCCAAUUCGCACUAACCUACCAAAAAUGCCUAAGAUUAUCCUUCGCCCCCUUUGACGACCGCCUCCGCCACUGGUGGGCUGCGAAACCGGUCCUCAGCGACGGCGACUGGGUGAACCGGGCGAUCUGGCUCCUCGCCGAAACGAUCGACUUCUGUUACAACGUCAACGGGCGGAAUUUCGGUGCCAGGCUCGGUCCGGCCGGUGAGAAUGCGCUGAAGCUCAAGAUUAACGACUGGGAGGCUACGAGGCCCGAUACAUUUGUUCCGUUGCAUAUCUCGCCGCCGGAUCGGGCACGGGGGAAGCCGUUUCCUGUUGUUUUGUAUACCAGUUUGUGGCAUUCUACCGCCAUGCAGCAUCUUUGUCUCGCGAAGGUGUUGCUGUUGAUUCGUGAGCUUGAUUAUCACGAGGGCGGUGUUGUGUCGACCGAGCGACGAAUUAAAAUUAAAGAGGCUAUCACAGAGAACCUGAAUUAUCUUUUCGGCAUUGCUUUGUCGGCUGAUGACGAGCCGUCUUUACGAAUUAUGUCUUGCCACGCCAUGUUUGCUUGCAGCGCAUGGAUUGAUGAUCCCCUGGCUCGGCAUCUACUUUUUGAUCUUUUGCGGCGGACGGAGAGGGACAAUGGGUGGCCUUGGGCGUAUGUGGAGCAGCGCAUUCUGGCUACAUGGCACACUAGUCCGAGAUAA